GCCAUGGAGGGCGGCUCGCCGGAGCUCGCCCCUGUUGCCGUCGCCGCCUCGGACCCGCCACCGCCGCCCUCCUCGUCCUCGCCGCCGCCGCCGUCCCCCACCGCCCAGCGUGAGCUCCAGCGCCCCGGCCUCAGCCUGCUCCUGACGACAGGGAAGAUGGAGAGUUGGAAGAAGGAGAACUGGAGGAUGAUGGGGCCGAAGAGACCCAGGAACUCUCUACAGGGCAAGAAAGGAGCCGAAGAGAGAAAGGAGAGAAGCAUCACAGUGAUUCGGAUGAUGAGAAAGCUCACCGGAGGAUGAAGCGGAAGAGAAAGAAGGAACGGGAGAAGGAGAAGAGGCGCUCCAAGAAGAAGCGGAAAUCCAAACACAAGCGACAUGCGUCUUCAAGCGAUGAUUUCUCCGAUUUCAGUGAAGACUCUGAUUUCAGCCCCAGUGAGAAAAGCCAUCGAAAAUAUCGGGAUUACAGUCCUCCGUAUUCAUCUUCUCACCAGCAGUAUCCUUCAUCCCACAAUGCCCCGUUGUCGAAGAAGGGCUACUCAAAGAUGGAAAGCAAGAGCUACGGCAUGUAUGACGACUACGAGAAUGAGCAGUAUGAGUACGAAGGGGAGGAAGAGGAAGGCCUGGCGAAGGAAGAGUACGAUGACUUUACCAAGGAGCUGAACCAGUACAGACGGGCCAAGGAGGGCAGCAGCCGGGGCCGAGGAGCCAGAGUCCGAGGAAGGGGCUACAGAGGCCGAGGAGGGCGUGGAGGAUCCAGAGGGAGAGGAAUGGGUCGAGGAAACCGGGGCAGGGGCCGAGGCUCCAUGGGAGACCACCCUGAGGAGGAAGAAGACUUCUAUGAAGAAGAAAUGGAAUUUGGAGAGAAUGAGGAGCUGAUGGGCGACGAGGAAUAUGACGAGUACUCCAAAGACAUGAACCAGUACCGCCGGCCGAAGGACGGUCGGGGGCGAGGUUUGAGUCGGGGCCGGGGCCGCGGCUCGAGAGGCAGAGGCAAAGGCAUGGGGCGAGGACGCGGGCGAGGCGGGAGCCGGGGUGGCAUGAACAAAGGCGGGGGGAUGAACGACGACGAAGAGUUUUACGACGACGACAUGGGGGAUGGUGGCGGGGGUGGCUAUCGGAGGAAUGACCACGACAAGCCCCACCAGCAGUCGGACAAGAAGGGGAAGGUCAUCUGCAAGUACUUUGUGGAAGGCCGCUGCACGUGGGGAGAACAUUGCAAUUUUAGCCACGAUAUCGAGCUGCCAAAGAAACGCGAGCUGUGCAAGUUCUACAUCACAGGCUUUUGCGCCAGAGCCGAGAACUGCCCGUACAUGCAUGGUGAUUUUCCUUGUAAGCUCUUUCACACCACUGGGAACUGUAUCAAUGGCGACGACUGCAUGUUCUCCCACGACCCCCUCACCGAGGAGACAAGGGAGCUUUUGGACAAGAUGUUGGCUGACGAUGCAGAAGCAGGAGCGGAAGAUGAGAAGGAAGUGGAAGAGCUGAAAAAGCAAGGCAUCAACCCUCUGCCCAAGCCUCCGCCAGGAGUCGGCCUCUUGCCCACCCCCCCGCGGCCCCCCGUGCCCCCGGCUCCCACGUCUCCCAAUGGCAGGCCCAUGCCUGGAGGCCCCCCGCCACCACCCCCGCCCCCACCUCCCGGGCCCCCCCAGAUGCCCAUGCCCAUGCCAGCGCACGAGCCCCUCUCUCCCCAGCAGCUUCAGCAGCAACAGGACAUGUACAACAAGAAGAUCCCCUCGCUCUUUGAGAUUGUGGUUCGGCCCACGGGACAGCUGGCCGAGAAGCUGGGGGUGAGACAUCCUGCUCCACCUCCCCCCAGAUUCCCUGGGCCUGGGGGGCCCCCUGGGCCAAUGGGUCCCGGGCCCAACAUGGGACCUCCCGGGCCCAUGCCAGGACCAAUGCACCCGGACAUGCACCCUGACAUGCACCCAGAUAUGCACCCCGACAUGCACCCCGACAUGCACCCCGACAUGCACCCGGAUAUGCACCCGGAUAUGCACCCGGACAUGCCGAUGGGCCCUGGGAUGAAUCCUGGCCCCCCCAUGGGUCCCGGAGGCCCACCAAUGAUGCCCUAUGGUCCUGGAGACUCCCCACAUUCCGGAAUGAUGCCCCCUGUUCCGCCAGCCCAGAACUUCUAUGAAAACUUUUACCAGCAGCAGGAGGGCAUGGAGAUGGACCCGGGACUAAUGGGGGAGGCAGCAGAGGACUAUGGACAUUAUGAGGAGAUGGAAGGCGAGGCAGGAGAGCACGUUUUCCCAGAGCAGCCCCUGGAGCCUGAUGGCUUCCUCGAAGCAGGGCCCCCUGGGAGACAGCAGCCCGCCACCAGUGUCCCUGACUUCCUCCCCUCUGCCCAGAGGGCCUUAUACCUGCGCAUCCAGCAGAAGCAGCAGGAAGAAGAAAGGGCAAGGAGGCUAGCUGAGAGCAGCAAGCAGGAGCGAGAGAAUGAGGAAGGUGACACUGGCAACUGGUACUCGAGUGACGAGGAUGACGGGGGAAGCAGCGUCACCUCCAUCCUCAAAACCCUGCGACAGCAGACCUCCAGUCGGCCCCCAGUGCCUGGCGGGGAGUUGGGCGGCGGGGGACCCCUGCCUGCCGUGGGCGAUCCCCGCCUCCAGAAGGGGCCCGCCGCCGGGGGCAGACCCGCCGACCCGCGCCUCGCCAGGGACCCAAGGCUCUCUCGUCACACCGAUGCUCCCGGCUCUUCGGGCUCUGGGGAUUCGGGGCCCUCGGACCCUCGGCUAGCCCGCCCCGCCGCCACCUCCAAGCCCGACGGACUCCAUCCGGGUCCGGCGUGUACCAAUGUGGGGAAGGGGUCUGGGCCACCCGAAGAAGAAGAAGGGGAGAGGGCUCUGAGGGAGAAAGCGGUGACCAUUCCUCUGGACGCCGUGCCGGGGACCCCCUUGCGGGAUCCCAGGUUACAGCUACAGCAGUUCAGCCACAUCAAGAAGGAUGUGACCCUGAACAAGCCCAGCUUUGCUCGCACUGUGCUUUGGAACCCUGAAGACCUCAUCCCGGUCCCCAUCCCCAAACAAGACUCUGCAAGCUCUCUCCCCGCCGCCCUGCAAUCUCUGCCCGCCCUCGAUCCCCGCCUCCACCGGCCCCCUGCCGCUGGGCCCUCAGAUCCCCGGCAGCGGGGGGUGGCCCCCUCGGACCCCAGCGCUGCUCCCACUGCCUCUGCUGCCAACCUGCCCGACUUUGAGUUGCUCUCUCGAAUCCUCAAGACCGUCAAUGCGUCCAGCCCCUCAGCGCCCAGUCCGAGCGAUAAGCCCAGCGACCCCCGGGUGCGGAAAGCCCCCGCCGACCCCCGGCUGCAAAAACCCGGGGACGCUGCCUCGUCCCGUGCCCCCAAGCCCAGCACUCCUGAGGUCGCCGCGCCAGCCCCCGCUUCCUCCGGGGAGGCCUCGCCUCCAGCCAUCGCCCCUUACGACCCGCGGGUCCUGGCGGCCGGGGGGGUCGGCCAGGGCGGCGGCGGCGGGCAGAGCAGCGUGCUCAGCGGCAUCAGCCUCUAUGACCCGAGGACUCCGAACUCUGGCAACAAAGUGGCCGAGCCAGCCCCCGAAGGGGGGGCUCAGCCCAAGGGUCCCGACGGCAACGGCAAAAGCUCAGCGGCCAAGGCCAAAGAGCCCCUGUUCAUCCGCAAGUCGGCCUUGGAACAGCCGGAGGCGGGCAAGGCGGGCUCGGAGCCCGCGGCCACGGACAGGUACAACAGUUAUAAUCGGCCGCGCCCCAAGGCAACCCCGACCCCUGCCACCGCCCCCUCAGCCACACCCUCCCAGGAGGGGGCCCCCCAGCCUGGCCUCCACAACCUGCCUGUGCCCACCCUGUUUGGGACCGUGAAGCAGGCGUCCAAGGCUGGCUCUGGGAGCCCUUUCGCUGGCAACAGCCCCUCCCGAGAGAGCGAGCAGGAUGCCGGGUCCCUCAAAGAUGUUUUUAAAGGCUUUGACCCCACUGCAUCCCCUUUCUGCCAGUAGUAUUAACCUGGACCCGCCCCCCGCCCCCGCCCUGUGAUUGUACGUCAUGGCCACAUUCAGUGUUGGGAAUGUCAGGGGAGGGGGAAGAGGGGUGGGGUGGGGUGGGGGGAGCGGGCUCGGGGUUUUUUAUUUUUUGGUUCCUAUAAAUUGUAUAUAAAAAUCUUUGGUUCUGGUCAGUGCUGUAUGACUCACAGGCUAUCUCCAAGAAAAUGUCUUUUUUAAUUGAACAAUCAAAGUCUCCUGCCCAGAUUCCUUCCAAGUGCAUCUUGGGCCCCGUGGCGCCACGGGUCUCGGGGCCACUUUGGGUCUAGUUGUGUGGCCGUCCUGUGCUCUGUUCCUUUCCGUGUGUAUGAGGCCCCAAAGCUCCUCUGUCCAUCGCUGUCCUGUUUUCAGAGCCCGGGUACACCGGCUGGGGUGGGGGGAAUCUUGGGGAGUCAGCAGUCCCCCGGGAACCGGGACCGGGCCGGCCCAGGGCGAGUAACUCCAUGCCCGUUGGGGUCCUCUGGUGAGGGGGCCAGGUUGGCAAGGCGGGGGUGGGGCCUCUCUGCUCCCCCUUCCUCCCCUACCCCCUUGUGCAGAGGUCAGCUCAGCCUGUCCCAAGGCCCGGCCGGGCCAGACCCUCCACUCCCCCUCCUCGUUCCCACUUCCUUAGUGCCGACAAACCGUUCAGUCUCGAGAAGGUUUUUACUUUGGUCAUGCUUCCGUUUCAUACCUUUUAAACCCUGGCGGGUUUGGGGCUUAUAAGAGUGAUCCACAGACACAUAAUCAGUGCAGGUAGGACCCGGGGGGCCCGGGAAAAAGCAGGCUGUGGGGCAGGCCUGCUCCAGGGGCCUCGGACCUCUCUGUCCUGGGAGGAGGGGGUGGGGGGGGGAUGCUAGCUACAACCGGGCAGCCCUGCCGAGAACAGGCCAGGCCCCGGGAGACCCCCGUGUGGCCUGCCCCGGCUUCACUGCUCGAGGGAAAUUUGAGUUUGAACAUUUGAGAAACUCGGGCACGGUUUUUAAUCCAGAAGCUGUCCUGUACGCUCCUCCCCAGGACCCCCAACGAGGCUAAACAUGGUCUUUUUAACGUGGACUUUUUGCAUAUUCUCUUCCUGUUCUCUGGCCCCUUCCUUUUGCCCACCCCCUCCCGUUCCAUAAAUAAUGUAGAAACUGCCUUCCCUGGCGGCGGCGGCAGCUUCUCGGGCUCAGUCGUGCCCCUUGGGGGCCGGGCAGGGCGUGGGGCUGCUGCCGAUCAGGUGUUUGAGGGGGCCCGGGACAUGAUCAGGACCGAGAUCGCCCCCUGCCCCCGGAGGGCCAGGUCCCGGGGUGUUUGUAAAAUAUGCAAGAUACGGUGUUUUUUGUUGAGAUUUUUUUUUUUUUUUUUUU